ACUAGGCUCCAAAGCUCUCAAAGCUAGCUCUUAUUUCAAAAACCAGACUAUCUAUUUGCUGUUAACGUAGUGUGAUAUAUCAUUCAAGCCUUAAAACCCAGGUGGGUAGUUUCUGUUUCCUCUGUUUCCUCUGUUUUCUUUGAAAGCAUCUCAGGUUUUAGAGAGAGUGGGAGAGGGGUGGUGUUGAGGAAGAAGAAAAAAAAGAAAAAGAAAAGAAGGAAGAAGUAGUUUUCAGCCUCAGAAAAGAAAGUGUUCUCAACAGGGGGUGGAAGGGGGGUGGUUUUGGCCAAGUGAUGCGCUCAGGAGCUUGUGCAGCACAGCAGACCCUCACAGCGGAGGCUGCUUCAGUCUUGAAGCAUUCUCUCAGCCUGGCAAGGAGGAGGGGCCAUGCUCAGGUCACUCCUCUCCAUGUGGCUGCGACUUUGCUGAGUUCAAGAGCCAGUCUUUUGAGAAGGGCUUGUCUCAAAUCUCAGCCACAUCAAACAUCACAUCCUCUCCAAUGCAGAGCUCUUGAGCUUUGCUUCAAUGUGGCUCUCAACAGGCUGCCAACAGCUCCAGCUCCUCUGCUCCAAUGCCAGCCAUCUCUCUCAAAUGCUCUGAUUGCAGCACUCAAAAGAGCUCAGGCGCACCAAAGAAGGGGCUGCAUAGAACAACAGCAACAGCAGCCGCUUUUAACCAUAAAAGUUGAGGUUGAACAGCUUAUUAUAUCCAUCUUAGAUGACCCUAGCGUCAGCAGGGUUAUGAGAGAGGCUGGUUUCUCCAGCACUUCUGUCAAGAACAACAUAGAAGACUCUUCAGCCACUUCUGUUUUUCAGUGUUACAACAGUUCCGGUGGGGUUUUUUCUUCACCUUGCUCUCCUUCUCCUCCUGACACCCAGAGAGAAAUCAUCAAUCCCAGCACUUUCUGGCAGACCCAUUUCUUGACUUACUCUUCUGAUCAUCAAAACCCACUUCUCUUUUCCCCUCAAAAGAAAUUUCCAACCAACCCCAUCACAGCUGGUUCAGCCUCUGUGAAGGAAGAUAUCAAGUUGGUCUUUGAGGUCCUUCUGAGAAAGAACAAGAGAAGGAACACUGUGAUAGUUGGUGACUCAGUGCUCAUCACUGAAGGCAUAGUAGCAGAGCUAAUUUCAAGGCUUGAGAGAGGAGAAGUCCCUGAAGAACUGAAAUCAAGCCAUUUCAUCAAAUUCCAGUUUGCACCAGUUUCUUUAAGAUUCAUGAAGAAGGAAGAUGUGGAGAUGAACCUUUCAGAACUUAAAAGGAAGGUGCAUUCUGUUGCAUCAUCAGGAGGUGGAGGAGCCAUUGUUUACACUGGUGACCUUAAAUGGACAGUUGACUCAAAUUUCAAUGAGAGAGAAGCAGCAUCAGAUUAUUAUAACCCAGUUGAUCAUCUUGUUGCAGAAAUAGGAAGGUUAGUCUCUGAUUAUGGCAGCUCAAACACAAAGGUCUGGUUAAUGGCUACAGCAAGUUAUCAAACAUACAUGAAGUGCCAAGUAAGGCAACCUCCUCUUGAGGUUCAAUGGGCUCUUCAGGCAGUUUCUGUUCCAUCAGGUGGACUUGGCUUAAGCCUCCAUGGUUCCAGUGUGCUUGAUUCAAAGAUAAGCUUAUCCCAGAACCCAUGUCAAGUGUUGGAAGCAAAGCCAUUUAGCAGCAAGGAGGAACAAGAUAAGCUCACUUGCUGUCCAGAAUGUGCCUCCAAUUAUGAAAAAGAAGCUCCGUUGUUCAAAUCUGGCCAGCAAAAGCUCUUGCCUCCCUGGCUGCAACCUCGUGGGACCGAAGCCCGUCAAAAGGAUGAAUUGGUUGAGUUGAGAAGAAAGUGGAACAGGCUGUGCCAGAGCCUACACCAUGGAAGGAAUGCUCAAAGCUACUCCUAUUCUUCAUCCUACUCUUCCUGGCCAAGACAGAGCAACACCAUCUUCCCUGAUUCGAGCUCGAUUUCCUUUGCCAAUAAUUCAGCUUUGAAGUCGGCGAACAGCUCUAAUCUCUUCCCUCGAUUCAGGCGACAACAGUCCUGCACCAUUGAAUUCAAUUUCACUGGCGGGACCCAGAAAAACCCAUCACCGGAACCGAGCUUGGAUUCUCUUAAAGACAUUGAUGGGAAGGAACUGAAGAUCACUCUUGCUCUGGGCAACUCUCUGUUCUCUGAUUCUGCGGAAUUGGUGGAACGGAAAAGUGUAAGAACAAUGCAACGAGCUGAUACAUGUAAGCUACUGCAAGAGAAUGUGCCAUGGCAAUCGGAAACCACUCCUUCAAUAGCAGAAGCCUUGAUUGAAUCGAAGCUGGCAAAGCAGGAGACAUGGCUGCUGAUUCAGGGGAAUGACUGGAUAGGAAAACGAAGGCUGACGCGAGCAAUUGCAGAAUCUGUUUUCGGAUCUGCUGAUUUGCUGCUCCACAUGAACAUGACGAAAAGAACCAAUGAGGUGAUCCCCUGUUCUGAAGUGGUAGCGAAAGCCUUGGAAAAUCACGGAAAGCUUGUCGUUUUUGUGGAAGAUGUUGAUCUGGCUGAUGCCCAGUUCAUGAAAUUCCUUGCUGAUCGAUAUGAAACCGGAAAAUUUGGAGAAUCGAGCAAAGGAGAGGGUAGUGUAGGCCAAGCAAUAUUCGUAUUGGCUAAGGGCGGUUCCACAAGCUAUGAAGAGAAAAAGAAUCAAGACUCUGUGAUUAGCCUGAACUUGAGAAUCAAUGAACCAAUGAAUCAAAGCUAUAAAUUUGAUCACAAGCGCAAACACGAGUGGGAUUUGUCGAGCAAGACAAAGGCUGCGAGAUAUGAAGAAAAGGAAGAUAUUUCAUCAUCCUCUGUAGCCUGCGAGAAUGGCGGGAAUGGCAACGGAAAGAAAGACUUCUCAAGGCAAUCGAGCUUCAGCACCCUUGAUCUGAACAUCGGAGCCGAUGAUCAGAACGACGAAAGCGACGACAAACCAGGGGAGUACAGCCCGAUUUCGAGUGAUUUGACUCGUGAAACGACAACCGAUCCCCGUAGCUAUAAUGGGUUUCUGGAGCUGAUCGAGAACCGGUUCGUUUUCGAUCGGAGCCCCGCCCGGGACAGAGAGAUGAUAGAGCUUUUCAUGUCGAAGAUCAAAGCGUCGUUCGAGGAUGUCUGCGGGAAGAAAAAUGCCGACAGUUUUGUUGUUGAAGAGAGGGUGUUGGAAGAGGUGUUGGUUGGGUCUGCUUCGUUUCCCAACAGCUUGUUUGAGAAAUGGCUGAAAGACAUUUUUCAAACGAGCUUGCAACAAACGGUCAAAUUUGGCGGGAAGGAGGAGGAGGACAUGGAGGGUAUAGGUGUUGUUAAGCUGUGUUUGGGUGGUGGGAAAGGAGAGGGGAUUUUGGAGGAUGAUGGCUUCAUGGCCUCAUGUCUACCUAAGAAAGUCAAAGUAUCUUCCAUGGACUGAGUGGUUUUUUUUUUUCUUUUUUUUUUUUUCUUUUUUUUUUGUAAAAUCUUUCACAAAUGGAAGUCAUGGCCACAAUAUCCUUAUGUAACUGCUCCUUUUUAGAAUAG